AUGAAGACCACCACCAUCCUUGCAACUCUCGCCGUUGUUCUCGGUGCCAGCAUCGACGGCGUCACUGCCACCUGCUUCCGCAGUGGUGAUAUUUUCCAAGACAAGGGCAACGCUAGAUGGCACGUCGAAAGAGCUUGCAAGGGCUACGAUAACCAGCAGGGCUUUUUCCAGGGCACUUUCGCAGCCGGAGAGUCCAAGUAUACCUGCGUCCAGGGCUCCACCACUCAGAAGUACGAUAUCACUGUUCGCAAUGAGAACACCAACGCCGCCAUCGAUCUCAACGAUGACGACUGCGUUCUACGUCUCCACAACGAAAUCAAUGGCUGUGACCAUGGUGGCGAUUCCACUGUCUCCGGUUGGAGAUUCAUCGUCGACCCCAACAACGGUAUCUGUUAA